UGAGUGUUAUAAAGAUGAGCAGUGGAAGAAGUGUUUUCAAGUGGAAACAUGGAGCCCAGGAGACUGCUACAAGCAAGUCUAGCUUUGUUAAUCCUUGUAACCAGCAGCUAUGGAGGACACUUAAACCCAGGGCUGACACUGAGAAUGGACCAGGCUUUGUUAACAUUUCAUAACAAGCUGACAGAAGAAGUGCAGGUCCUCUACACGUCAGAUUACUGCUACAAGUGUGUGUACCAGCAUUUGCUCACUGUGAAACCCAACAACAACAAUGCAUCUGCAGUGGUCAGCACUAAAUUCACUCUGACUCUGCAAGUGGAGUCUCAGACCAGGAAUGAAAGUCUUUGCAGGUGGAGUCAGACAUAUGGAGAAGGUGGUCAUUACUCUGUUUGGAUCCAGAUGUCCGAGGCCGCCAGCUGCACUGAGGCUGUGGAUAAAAGACCAAACAAUGCAUACUUGCCUCUUCUGGUGGCAGCUCUUUCACUGGCCGUAAUCGCUCUCUUAUUCGUUGUGGCACCCUACAUCUACAGGAGGCGUUGUACAUCAAAAUUUAUGAAGACCAUUUGCUGCCAAAGCCCAGAGUACCCAAUGGAUAAUGACAGCGCACAGGCUUGUGAAGCUGAGCACAAUACCGUUAAAGCUAAACCAACACGUCUGCGCUCACUGGACACUUUCCGAGGGUUUGCCCUGACAGUGAUGGUGUUUGUGAACUAUGGAGGAGGAGGGUACUGGUUCUUUCAGCAUGCACCAUGGAAUGGUCUAACUGUGGCAGAUCUUGUCAUGCCAUGGUUUGUGUUUAUUAUUGGGACUUCAGUGGUGUUGGCUUUCAGAUCCAUGCAGAGGAAAGGAGUUAGCCGCCUGCAGCUGCUGCGCAAAAUCUCCUGGAGAACAGUCGUCCUCCUGAUGCUUGGCUUCUGCUUCCUCAACUACUCUCCAAGAGACGGACCAUUGUCAUGGUCCUGGCUGAGGAUCCCUGGAGUGCUGCAGCGUCUGGGCUUCACCUACUUUGUUCUGUCUCUUCUGCAGACUUUCUGGGGCCAGAAAGAAAUCUCUCUGAGAGUGAAUGACUGGUGGAACCCGGUCCAGGAUGUGGUCCCUUAUUGGUCCCAGUGGCUAAUUAUCAUCCUGCUGGAGACUCUGUGGCUCUGCUUCACUUUGCUCAUGCCUGUACCCAACUGCCCCACAGGAUAUUUGGGAGCUGGUGGAAUCGGUGAUCACGGUCUUUACCCAAACUGCACUGGAGGUGCAGCAGGAUACAUUGAUAGAUGGAUGUUUGGUGAUAACAUGUACAGAUACCCCACAUGCAGAGAAAUGUAUCGCACCACGCAGCCCUUUGACCCAGAGGGGGUUCUGGGUACAAUUAACUCCAUUGUCAUGGGAUUCUUGGGGAUGCAGGCUGGGAAAAUUAUCAUUUUCUACAAGGGGAUGAACGCCCGCAUCCUCUGUCGAUUCCUAGUGUGGGCCGUCCUUCUGGGAAUCUCUGCAGCCAUCCUUUCUAAGUGCACACGAGACGGAGGAUUUAUACCUGUCAAUAAAAACCUUUGGUCGUUGUCUUAUGUGAUGUGUAUGGGAUGUUUCUCUUUUCUGCUGCUGGGAGGCAUGUACUUUGUCUGUGAUAUCAAGGGCUGGUGGGGCGGACAGCCAUUCAUAUACCCAGGGAUGAACUCUAUCUUUGUAUAUGUUGGACACUCUCUGCUGGGUUUCUACUUCCCGUUCAGCUGGGAGAUGCGCUUCCAGGAGAGCCACUGGGAGUGGCUAUUCCAAAGCCUGUGGGCAACUGCACUAUGCUGUGUUGCCUGCUGCUGCGGAAGCAGCGGGGCACUGAGUGGUGAAGCAAUGAGCCUCCUCCCCCUGUCCAGCCAGCCAGUCAGUCAGCCCAGCAGCAGCCACUGGAGCCGCACACAGCAGCCCGUCUAUGGGACACUGAGGAUUUCAUCUGGCUGCCCGGAGCCGCGCACAAAGGACGCACGCUGGUUUAUACAGCGCCUUCAUUUCCUUUUUAUCGGUUUGAUUUUUCUUUUAUUUCGUCGCUCAAAGGAACUUUUUUCCAUCUCGUUUUCAUUCAGAAACUUUCACUUAUGGUUCGCAAAGAUGGGGUCAAGUUGUGGUUUCUCUCGGGGAAACGUCGUGGUGGUGGUGCUGCUGCUGCUACAAGGAGCGACAGGGCUGUACUUCCCUCAGACUGAGUACAUUGAGACGGUGUAUGUUGGCCAGCUGGCAGGGACGCCGAUCCUCCAGGUCCACGCCAUGCUGGACAGCGACACUGAGCGGCCGCAUUUCUACCUGUGCUUCACGAGCACUAUCAGACGUCCACCUUACAGCUCCUGGUUCAACCUGGACAUCAACACUGGAAUACUGUCCUUGAACAAAACCCUGGAGGGGAGUGACUUUGCCUUGCUAUAUCAACACUCAUGGUCUGUGAAGAAGUUGUUCCUGCAUGCCAUGGUGUUACCUGACUUCACCAAGAAGUCCCUGUGCAUCAAAAACUCACCUCGGAUCACCCUGGACUUUGUCAAUGCCACGAUGCCUCAGUGUGCUCAGACAGAUAUGAAGGAACUGUGCUUCCCGCACAGAGACACCUCCAACCCCCACAUCAUGGAAAACAGGUUCCCCGGGGCCCUACGGCAACUCCGACGUCUCACCAGACUCAACAUCUGCCCAAACUACACCAUUUCUUACAAUGUGGAAUCAGAUACCCCUGCUCCAUUUGCUGUAAAUGAGAACACCACAGAGCUGGUGGUGACGGCUCCGUUAGACCGUGAGGAGAGCGAAUGCUACAGACUCCUGCUUGUGUGCACAGUCCGCACAGAAACAGUCGUCACCAAGGUGGACACUUCCCUGGAUGUUUUUGUUGAUGAUGAGGACGAUAACGCACCGUAUGUGAAUGGAACAGACACAGCAGAUAUUAUCAUAGGUUUCAAUCGGACAAAGGGUGGCUCUUUUGGCACUUUGUUUGUCUUUGACAGGGAUUUAACCCCCAUCUUUCCCAUAGACCAGACUCACAAUAAGUAUGUGGGGACCUUGCUCAAUAAUGACCCAUGGGUGAAGAAGACAUUUAACAUAACAAGGACCUUCAGUGAGAAGAAAGCUGCUAUUGGAGGCAUUCGAGAGACCGUCUACAACUACCAGCUUAUCCUGGAGAGGAACCUGUAUGUGACUGAGAAUCGCACACUGCAGCUGGACUACCUGGUCAAUGACACCACCUACCCCGGUCUAGAGGGAACAGUGUUGCUGCACUUCAAUGUCACCAUCUUACCUGUCCACAUCUGCUUCCCCAACAUCACACAGAUGUUCACACUGACACGCAGAGCUUCUGUUUAUGCUCAGGUUGGCAGAAUCUGUGUGGAAAACUGCCAACAGUUCGAUGGCUUCAGGGUCACAUACCGGCUCGAGGUGGCAGAUAAGAACGUGUCUGCUGACGUACAGUCCUGCUAUACAGCCAUAGGCAUCACCCAGGCCUCGGAUGAAAUGUGGGGACUGCUUUAUGUGAAUGACUCAGAGGCGCUGCGCAGGCCUGACUGCCAGGAACUACAGUACCUUGUUGUCGCCCAGGAGGAGCACACACAGUUGGAGACCAGCACUCAGAUACACAUCAUACUAGAUAGUGAAGCGAACAAGGCCAGUCAGGAGAGCCAGCAGUUCCUGUCCUGUGCAGAAAACAGACGGCGAGGAGACUGUGAGUCUGUCCGAGGCCUGGGGGCGACAACAGGGAGAUGCCAGUGGAGGCAAGGCACUGAGAAAGGAAUAUCUGAAAAUUACUCAACCUGCUCUCCUGACCUGCGGACAUGCCCGGAUAGUUUUUGUGACGCAGUUGAAAGCAAAGACCCAUUAAUAUGUCCACAAGACUGUACAAGGGAAACUGUUACUGGAGGUCAUGAACGAGGCUUGAGGAACGGGAUCCAGGCCGGCUAUGGAACCUGCUACUGCUACUCUGAGAGAUGCUUCUGUGAGAAGGAAGAUGUUGAGGAGGCUAUAUGUGACGACAUGUGUAAGACCAUCAUUGCCACAGCACUGCUCCUCUCCUUCAUCGUCUCCAUCCUCCUGUCCUCCUACUUCAUCCACCGGUACCACAAGAACUCGCCCAAGCCCCCAAUCGCCUCUGCUGAGAUGACUUUCCGUCGGCCAGCUCAGGCUUACCCCAUCAGCUUCCCUGCUAACAACGUACGCAGGGGCUCGCAGGAAUCCAUUGAGACUGAUACCUUUAAAAUACCUGAGGAUCCUAAGUGGGAGUUUCCUCGUAAAAACCUUGUACUUGGCAAGACUUUAGGAGAAGGAGAGUUUGGGAAAGUUGUCAAGGCAACAGCAUUCAGGCUCAAAGGAAAAGCUGGUUACACCACUGUGGCUGUGAAAAUGCUUAAAGAAAACGCCUCCCACAGCGAGCUGCGUGACCUGCUGUCAGAAUUCACUUUAUUGAAGCAAGUCAACCAUCCGCACGUCAUAAAGAUGUACGGAGCGUGCAGCCAGGAUGGUCCAUUGUAUCUGAUUGUGGAGUAUGCCAAGUAUGGGUCGCUCCGCAACUUCCUGCGCGAGAGUCGGAAAGUUGGCCCGAGCUACAUGGGCAGGGACGCCAACCGAAACUCCAGCUACCUGGAGAACCCAGAUGACAGGGCGCUCACCAUGGGUGACCUGAUCUCCUUUGCAUGGCAGAUCUCCAGAGGCAUGCAAUAUCUGGCGGAAAUGAAGCUUGUUCACAGGGACCUCGCAGCACGAAAUGUCCUCGUAGCUGAAGGGCGAAAGAUGAAGAUCUCCGACUUUGGCCUCUCCAGAGACGUGUAUGAAGAGGACUCGUACGUUAAGAGGAGCAAGGGCCGUAUACCUGUUAAAUGGAUGGCAAUAGAGUCCUUGUUUGAUCACAUUUACACAACACAGAGCGACGUCUGGUCCUUUGGAGUGCUUCUGUGGGAGAUAGUGACACUGGGAGGAAAUCCAUACCCAGGUAUCGCCCCUGAACGCCUCUUUAACCUGCUCAAGACUGGCUACAGGAUGGAGAGACCAGAAAACUGCUCCGAGGAAAUGUAUAACCUCAUGCUUCGAUGCUGGAAACAAGAGCCAGACAAGAGGCAGACAUUCUCAGACAUCAGCAAAGAACUGGAAAAGAUGAUGGUGAAAAGUCGGGAUUACCUGGACCUGGCGGCGUCCACGCCAGCCGACGCCCUGCUGUACGACGACGCCCUCUCUGAAGAGGACACACCACUAGUGGACUGUAAUAACGCCCCUCUCCCUCGAACCCUCCCCUCCACAUGGAUUGAAAACAAGCUCUAUGGCAUGUCAUACCCGAACUGGCCUGAGAAGAGCCCGGUACCGCUCAACAGACAUGAUGCCACUAAUCCAGUCUUUACAAGAUAUGCCAAUGAUAGUGUUUAUGCAAACUGGAUGGCUUUGCCUUCACCCGCAAAAGCUGUGGACAAGCUCGAUAGCUAAAGACAAACCAACACUGUAGAAAAGAUGACUAAUUGGUAGAUGUGUAUAUUUCUAUAAGACUGUACAUAUACAAUCUGAUGCUAAAGCUGGUUCCCUUUUAUUUCUGUUGCACGGGUAUUCAACGUUUGAAAAACUGGGGUCUUUUUGCUGCAAAAGCGGCAGGAUCAAUGUAGACCAAGCUUCAUUCAGCUCUUCAGUAUGUUAAUUAUUACCUCACGGGUCAUGUUGGCCAAGUUGUAUCACUGCAUGACUAUUGUACCAGAUUGUAUGCCAGUUGUCGAUGUCUUUUAAGUGCCUGUGCCGCUUCUACAAUAGCCUCCAAUUAUUAAUGUGCGACUGUGAAGAUCUUGUUCCAGCCCAGGAAUUAAAGGGGACGUCUUUACCAUCACCUGUUGUAGACAGCUGGGAUUGAGUGGACAGAAGCAAAAUGCUGAACCUGUUCUGAAAAUGUAAAGUUUCUACCUUAGAGGAUUGUUGCUCCUCGAAAUGUCAAAGACCCAUUUUGUGUUUCUCCCACAAGAUGUUUCAAAAACUGUUCUUGCCAAAGAAAAGUAACACAGACAUGUUCAGUGAACAGUUUUCUUGCUUUUGUUCUUGUUUUGUUUUUGUUUUUUUACAUGGAAAAAUAUCAACUAGUAAGUGCUUCUCCAGUGUAACGACAUGAGACUUAAUGUCGCUUGUGACCAUGUCCGGUGUCAGACUACAGUUCUCUUUUGGAUUCACUGUAAUGGCAAUCUUUGUGGAAGUAUGAUUAUGUAAACUAAUGAGUGUUAUCAUCGUUAUGUUGUUAUUAUUUGAUUAAGUUACAAUUAAUAAUAAACGUUGAAA